GGCCAGCGGCGGCAGAAGAGGCGGUUGUGGCUGAGCUGUGGGGAGGGAGCGGGUUGGGUUUUCUUUGGCCGUGCCGCUCUGCCGUUGCUGUGCGGCCCUACGAGCACCUCUCGUUCCAUCCCGGGGGGAGCUGCUGGUAGCGCCAGCAAGGCUGCGGCCGUGCCCUGCUCCCGUUGCGUUGCGGGCGGUGCGUGUGCGGCUGCUCGAGGUUGCAGGAGGCGACAGCAGUGGUGGAGAGGGAGGUCUCCCUCCCUCCCUGCGGCACCAUGAAAGCGGUCAGCCCUGUCCGGCAUCCCAGUCGCAAGACGCAGCCCGGCGUGGCGGGCGGCGGCGGGGGACACCCAGCCCUGCGAUGCCUGGCCGAGCACAGUGGCUGCAAGGGGGGCCCGCCGUCGGGCGAGGAGCCGGCGGCGCUCUGCCUGCAGUGCGAUAUGAAUGACUGUUACAGCCGGCUGAGGAAGCUGGUGCCCACCAUCCCGCCCAACAAGAGGGUCAGCAAAGUGGAGAUCCUGCAGCAUGUUAUCGACUACAUCCUCGACCUGCAGCUUGCUCUGGAGACGCACCCGGCGCUGCUCCGGCAGCAGCAGCAGCCAGCCGCCCUGCAUCCCGGCAGCUGUCCCGCGGGCACCCCUAGGACCCCGCUGACAGCUCUCAACACUGACCCGGUAAGAGGCUGGCUCUGUUAACAAGCCGGGGGACAGCAUCCUCUGCCGCUGACCGCCGCUCCCCAGGUGUGCGGCGGCGCCGCGCCGCGCCGAGGCACCGCGGGGGGCGGGCGGGGGUGGGGGCCGGCUCGGCCCCGCCACACCGGAGGAAGGAGCUCCCCCCACUCCUCCCAGCAGUUCCCAUGCUUCAUCCCGGCACUGCCAGCCUUUUCACCGUUUUUGCACGUCCGUAGCGGUCCUGUCCCCGUGUACCCUCCCCAGUCCCCGUCUCUUCUCUUCGCCUCCAAGCAGAUGUGAGCGAUGUGUCCCGCGGGGGCAGGAGCUGGUCGGACUGGAGCAGGAAAAGUUGCGACUCUGCCCCGGGAUAGAGAACCUGAGCCUAAACCCGACUUUAGAAGCAUUAUAACUCUUUUAAGAGACCGAGCAGCUGAAUCUUGAAGCUUUACUAAUCUACCAGAGCAUUUGUAGAUAUAUUUGACAUCUAUUGUUUAAAAUAGAUGGAUUUUAUUGGGGCCCAGGGAACUUUCUUCUCCCUGAAGGAAUGUUACAUAUUGUAUAGAUAAAUGAGUGACAUUUCAUACUGUGUAUAUAUAGAGAUGUUCUAUAAGUGUCAGAAAAGUAUAUGCUUUAAUAGACUACUGUAAUUAUAAACUAUUUUUAAUUAAAUAUUUUUUGUAAAUAUUAUCAAGGUGUGUAUGUUCUGGUUUGUUGGAUUAUUUUUUUUUCUUCAAACUGUGGGAAUAUCUCUUUAGAAAAACCACAGCUCAACUAUGGAGCUUCUAAUAUGGAAAUACCUUAAAUGUUUAGGGUUUGGUUUGGGUUUGGUUCUUUUUUGGUCCCCAAAUGUUCUUUAGACUUGGAAGUUACAGCUAUAGCUAAUGGUCCUGCAUGACUGCAUGAGAUGUCUAAUUGCAAAUAAACUUGUUUGGAGUCCAUACGAACGUGUUUUCCUCAAUCUAGACUUAAAAUGUUUGUAAGUGUAUUAUACAUUUUGAGACCACACUUUUUGUCAUUUAGGCACAGGGGUUUUUAGUGCAUUCUAUAGAAGUAGCAGUAAGAUGUAGUGUUUUUUACUGAGAACUGAAGAAUUCUAUCGUUUUUGCAUUAUGGGGGCAGUGCUUUUAGGUCGCUAACCAGCUCGUUUGGGUUUUUUUUUGGUUGUCUUUUUUGGGGUGGGUUUUUUGGGGUUUGGUUUGUUUGCUGCAACAGCAGAUUUAAUGAAACUUGUUCUGGAACUUCGUUUAGCAUAUAAAGGUUUUGUUGUAAAUUUGCGUUCCUGUAGACUAUUAAUUGCUUAAAGUGGAAAAAAAAAACAGUUCUCUGCUUGCAACCAAAGGGCAAACCAUUAACAAAAACAGUUGCUGUUUCCUUCAUCCAAAGAGAAAACUGAACUGCAGAAAGGCACGUGGGCUAAGUAAUUAUGAUCAGUGAUGUGAAUUCAGCUUAAAAGGAACUUAACGUAGACCAAAAAUCAGAUAACUCUGUUAAGAUUAUUUUUCUAGUACAAAAUUACUUGCAUUUCACUGCAGCUAUGUUACAGUUAAAAUCCUGUUUAAUCUCUGUGAUGUGUAACUACUACAUGUGAUAAUUAAACUAGAUUUACCUGUCUUUAA